CACCUAUAUCUUCAUUUUGACUAUAAUGUUUAUCACCAAAAUCUCCAUCAUUGUUGGACAACAACCUUACAUAGGUUUAGCCACAACAGCAUGUCCUAGAAAAGGUGAUUCUAAGUCCAUCCGUGGCUAUGAGUGUAAUGGCGAAACUCACACAUGCCAUGCAUACCUCACCUUCAGAACUCAACCAAUAUACAAUUCAAUUUCCACAAUCUCUUCUCUCUUAGGUUCCAACCCAUCUCAACUAGCUGAAAUAAACUCAGUUUCUUUAAAUGAAACAUUUGAAACAAACAAAAUGGUCAUUGUUCCUGUCAACUGUUCUUGUGCUAGUCACAAAUAUUAUCAAGCAAACACAACCUAUGUUUUUCAGAACACAGACACUUAUUUUCUUGUUGCUAACAACACUUUUGAAGGACUUUCAACUUGUCAAGCUUUGAUGAAUCAAAAUCAUAAUCCUGGUGAUGUUUACCCUGGUAGAAAACUACUUGUUCCUCUUAGAUGUGCUUGUCCUACAAAGAAUCAAACACAGAAAAAUAUUAAGUAUCUUUUAAGUUAUUUGGUUAAUUGGGGUGAUUCUGUUUCACUCAUUAGUGAUAAAUUUGGUGUUAACUUUAGAACCACUCUUGAAGCUAAUACACUUUCUUUAACACAAGCUACAAUCUAUCCCUUUACAACACUUCUUGUUCCUCUUCUUGAUAAGCCUUCAAGUUCUCAAAUUCAAACACUUUUGCCAACUCAACAAUCUCCACCUUCCUCUUCUUCUUCUUCUUCUUCUUCUUCAACAGAUAAAAAAUCAAACAAAACUUGGGUAUAUGUUGUUGUUGGAGUAGUUGGAGGACUGGUAGCUUUAACAUUAGUUCUAUGUGGUUUUAUUUUCUUCAAACAAGGUAAAAAGAAAAAUGAAUUUGUGAUUGUUUCUGAGACUGAGAGUACUAAUUAUGAGGCAAAAGUGAAACUAGAAGGGAAGAAAAUGAAGAAAGUAGAUGAAAAAUUGUUAGAGACUAUACAUGGUAUAGCUCAAUCAUUCAAUGUUUAUGGCUUUGAGGAACUAAAAGUUGCAACUGAUAAUUUUAGUCCAAGUUUUUGGAUUAAAGGGUGUGUUUAUCGUGGCGUUAUAAAAGGCGAUUUGGCUGCAAUUAAGAAGAUAGAAGAAGAUGUUUCAAAAGAGAUACAAAUUCUUAACAAAAUUAAUCAUUCAAAUGUUAUUCGCCUUUCGGGUGUUAGCUUCAAUGAAGGAAAUUGGUACCUUGUUUAUGAGUAUGCUUCAAAUGGAGCAUUAAGUGAUUGGAUUUUUUUCAAUAACAAAAUGGAUGAUGGAAAGUUUUUGAGUUGGAUUCAAAGAAUAAAGAUUGCAUUGGAUGUUGCAACAGGUGUUGAUUAUCUUCACAGUUUCAAUUCAUUUCUUUAUAUUCAUAAGGAUCUAAAGUGUAGUAACAUUCUUCUUGACACUGAUUUCAAAGCAAAGGUUGCAAAUUUAAGGCUUGCAAAGUGUGUGGAAAGACUUGAUGAGGAACAUGAAGAAUUUGUUCCUACAAGACAUAUUGUUGGGACAAGAGGUUACAUGGCUCCAGAGUAUUUGGAAAAUGGUAUUGUUUCUACAAAGCUUGAUGUGUAUGCAUUUGGGGUGUUGAUGUUGGAAAUCAUCACAGGAAAAGAGGUUGCUACAAUUUUAUCAGAAGAUAGUAAAAUGAAUUUGUCACAUGUUUUAAGUGGUAUACUUUGUGAGGAAAAUGGUAAUAAGAAGUUGAAGGAGUUUAUGGAUCCUUUACUUGAAGGAAAUUAUCCAAUUGAACUUGCUAUGUUUGUGAUUGAAAUUAUUGAUAACUGUUUGAAGAAGGAUCCAGUAGAUCGUCCUGCAAUGAAUGAGAUUGUUCCAACUUUGUCAAGAAUAUUGAACUCUUCAUUGAGUUAGGAAAUAUCAGUGAAUGUUCCAAGAUGCCAAAGCUUUAGCAGGGCUUCUUUAUGUUAAGGGAUAUUACUUAGAUCAGUCAAUGAUUAUGUGUUUAUUAAUUUCUGGUUUUCUUUAAUUAUAUGCUAGUACUGAUGUGAUGUGUUUGUUAAGCUAGUCUUUAUAGUGUGUGAGGAAUGAGGAAGAAUGAAUAUGAAUUUUAUUUUAUUUUAUUUUGAGAACAAAGACAUAAAUUAUGGUA